AUGGCCUGGAACAACCGCCGUGGUGCUAGAGGACGCAAUGCGGACCGCAUGAGGCAAGAUGAGGAAGAUGAGGCCUUACUUCUUAUGAGUGCAUCGUUAAUGUUAAUGCAUCCGUCACUUGCACACGUGGAUAAUAAUCAACCACUUCCACAACAUGAUGGUUCAUUCACAGAUAGGCGGUGGGUGGAACGCGUACUCUACGGUCAUCAUAGACGCUCAAUAGACAACAUGCGCAUCACGACUGAUAAUUUCUUGCUACUGUCCAAUAUCCUUGUCGAGAGACAGUACGUUCCACACAAUUACCAACAGCGCGUGCCCAUACAGGAGGCGCUUGCUAUGACUUUAAUGUUGGUCAGCCACAAGCAUAUGCACCGUGUGUUGGGGACUAUUUUUGAUCGAUCCAUCGAGACGAUUAAUCGAAAUAUAAAAAAGGUGCUCCGAGGCCUGUGUCUAUUUGCAGCUGAAAUAAUACGACCGGGUGACCAGACUGCAGUUCAUCCACGAAUUGCAAACUCAACUAAUUUUUAUCCGUGGUUCAAGGAUGCCGUGGGAGCGAUGGAUGGCACCCACAUCUCAGCUUGUCCUCCGACAGGCGAGCAAAUGGCAUAUACAAAUCGGCACGGGUGGCAAUCACAGAAUGUUCUGGCAGUUUGUGACCAUGACAUGCGCUUCAUCUAUGUGUAUGCUGGAUGGGAGGGAAGUGCACACGAUGCGAAUGCUCCUGGUUUCAUGCCCCCGUAUAAGAAUGUGGGGUCCGAAUCUCCGUCAAAGACCUUGUUCAAUACUCGACAUUCGCAACUUCGCAAUGUCAUUGAGCGCACAUUCGGUGUGCUUAAGAAAAGAUUCAAAUGGUUAAAGGGUCCGGUAGAUAAUUUUUAUAUGAGCACUCAAAUCAGUAUAGUCAUUGCUUGUUGUGCGUUGCACAACUUUUUAAGGAUGCACCAACCAGAAGAUGCCCAUUUUCAACGGUUUGAAUCAGAAGACGUGCACUUAAAUGAAGAGCCAGAAAUAGGCGGGCUAGUACCUCAGCCGUUCGCAUUAAACGUGUCUCCUACAGAGCUGGCGGAAUGGAAAGCUAAACGAGACUACAUAGCGACUCAAAUGUAUGCAGCACGGGGACGACGCCGCCGUUAG